AUGUGUGCAAUAUUUCGUAAACAUUUAUUUAAGGCAUUAAUUAUAAACGAUUUAUUAAAGCGAAGCUCAAAAUGUUUAAAAUUAAAUGAUUUGCCGACAAAUCAAUUGCUUUGCAGAUAUAUCCAGACAUCGGAUCUACUCUUCGGCACUAAAGGUAUACCAAUACUGAUGCCCUCAUUAUCGCCGACAAUGACUACGGGAACGAUUGUCAAAUGGGUGAAGAAAGAAGGCGAUCCCAUCAGUCCGGGUGACCUCAUCUGUGARGUUCAGACCGAUAAAGCUAUUGUUGGCCUCGAACUCGAAGAAGAAGGCAUUUUGGCAAAGAUAAUGUUACCAAACGAUACACAAGAUAUUAAAGUCGGAACACUUAUCGGUCUUAUGGUUGAAGAGGGAAGUGAUUGGAAAGAUGUUGAGUUACCGAAAGAUGUACAACAAGUUGGUCAACAACAGCAACAAUCACAACAACAACAAACUGUUAGUAAGAUUGAUGAGACAAAGCAUCAAAUAAGUCAACGAAUGGGUCCCAGUGUUAGAAAUUUAUUAAACCAAUACUCAAUUGAUUCAAAUUUAGUUAAGCCUUCGGGUCCGCAUAAUAUACUUCUUAAGGAAGAUAUACUCAAUUACAUAAAUGACAAUAAGCUUAAGGCUAUUGAUUUUAGUAAAUCAACAAAAGAGAGCUCAACUACUGAUAAGUCAUUGCCACAAAAGACAGUCACAAAAUCUGCCGAUUAUAUUGAUAUAGAGUUAACAAAUAUGAGGAAAACAAUAGCCAAACGAUUGACACAAUCAAAGUCAACAAUACCUCAUUCAUAUAUGACCUAUGAUUUUGUUAUGAAUGAUGUACUUAAUCUACGAAAACAAUUGAAAGCUUCGGGAACUAAUGUAUCCGUCAAUGAUUUUCUAAUAAAAGCAGCGGCUAUUGCAUUGAAAAAAGUGCCGCAAAUCAAUUGCUCGUGGAUUGAGGAGUCAUCAACUAUUCAAAUAUCAUCCACUGUUGAUAUAUCAGUAGCUGUGGCCACACCUAAUGGACUGAUCACACCUAUCGUGAAGAAUGCCAAUCAAUUAGACUUAGAGACAAUCAAUAAAACAGUGAAAGCAUUGGCAGAAAAGGCUAGAGAAGGAAAACUACAGCCAAACGAGUUUAUCGGCGGUUCGUUUAGUAUUUCAAACCUUGGAAUGUUUGGUGUAAAAGAGUUUACAGCAGUGAUUAAUCCGCCACAAGCGGCCAUUUUAGCGGUCGGCGCUUCAAGACUUGUAUUAGACGAUAGAGACCAAACUCUAAAUGUGGUUAGAGUUCAGCUCUCAUUUGAUAGUAGAGCUAUUGAAGAGGAAACGGCCGCAAAAUUUUUGGAAGUACUUAAAAAUGUCAUCGAAGAUCCCAUAUCUUUGCAAAACUCUGAUGGAAGUGAUAAUAGAAGAUUGAAUUAUUUAAUAUCAUAACUUUAUUGUCUAUAUAAUAAUAAUU